AAGGAAUGGACGCAGUCGCGCCCGAGUCACUAAUGUUCAAGUUGUGUAUUUAUAAAGCAGUUACGGUUGUUGUUGAGUUAGUCGUGUUGUUGGUGUUGUGCGUUCGCUCGUCUCCAAUUCUGGAAUUAACUAAACAUGAGAUAAAGCAGUCGAACGACUUGAUUGGGGAUUCAAUUAAUUGGUGGAAUACCGACCUUGAUUACCGCUUGGCAAGAUGCUGUAGAUGGAAAGGAGGUGAAAGAACAACCAACCGCAAAAUGGUCUACGAUUGUGGCUCCUGUUUGGCCAAGUACAUUCUGUGCGCGUUCAAUUUUAUCAUAUUUUUAGCUGGCUCUGUGGUCCUAGCUGUUGGCAUCUGGCUGGCCGUGGAUAAAAACUCGUUCGUAGGACUGAGCAAAAUCGUUCCCAGCGACCAUGUCCAGCAAUUUAUCCAACCUGCCGUCAUCGAACAAGGGGCCUAUAUUCUGAUCGCCGUGGGCGGUUUCAUGUUUAUCGUCAGUUUUUUGGGCUAUUGUGGCGCCUUAAGAGAGUCCCAAUGCCUCCUAACGACGUACGGCAUUUGUUUGUUGGUGAUUUUGAUCGCCGAAAUCGCGGUGGCUUGUCUGACAGUGGCGUACAAGCCGAAGGCGGAGGAGGAAACUCGAAAAUUACUCAAAUCAACGAUUGAAAAUUACUACUCACCGCCGGAAAAUAAAGACGCCGUGACGUUGAUGUGGGACCACCUCCAGGCCAACUUGAAAUGUUGCGGCGUUAAUAAUUACACCGAUUAUCGGAGCAGCACGAAGUGGACAAACAGUGGGAAAGUGAUUCCUGAGUCGUGCUGCGUCCUCGAAGGGGAUCCCCUGAAGUUGAAGCCGAAGGUUCCGUCGUGUGUGACGAGUCCGAACGAAGUCAACUCGUACUACAAACAAGGUUGCUUCGAUGCGCUCGUCCACUGGAUCAUGAUCCACGUUGAUGUGGUCAUUGGUGUGGCUGUCGGUUUGGGUUUGCUCGAGUUGGUCGGGAUAUUUCUGGCGUUUUGUUUAGCUAAGGCCCUCAAUGGGUACAUAAAGUAGGAGGCUUGGGACCAAGCAUUAUGUUAAUCUAGUCGUUACGUAUAGUUUUCGGGGAAAUUCAGUAUUAUUGUAACAGUGCCUUUCCGACUUGCACGUGUACACACCAAUUUGGACUUUUCUACAUGUAAUGAAUAAAACAAACCUGUUUAUUUCAUUUCGUUCAUAUUUACAAAAUACAUUAUUGUGGCCCCAUCAUGCCCAUGGGCAUGGAGACUGGAUACCCUGGUUGGCCCCCUUGUUGCAUUUGCAUCGCCGGUGAUUGUAUCUGUGGUGCUGGACUCUGUUGCGGUUCAGUUGGCAGCACUAGGUUGAGGAGGAGUUCCCUCAAGGCUGGGAAAAUCGAACACUCGGAGAUGUUCGACUGGAAUUGGGCAAAGUGUUUGAGGAGUUGACUGGCGGCGGCCAUGCCGGGAACAGUCCCCGCCUCCCUUUUCUCGGCCAACUGCGUCAUGUUUGAAUUAACGUCGUAGAUGAAAGGGAGCACUAGGGAGGGCGGCUCCAUGUUCGGGGGGUACUGCACUCCAAUUCGAGUAAUUUGCAA